AUGUCCGCCUCGCCCCCUCCCGAGUCGCAGCCGAUCCCGUCAUCUCGGACAUGGCUGUCUUCACCGUCUCCAUCUUCGCCGACUCCAUCCUCGCCAUCUCCAUCCUCUCCCUCCUUCACCGUCCUGCGCAUUCGCCUCUGCUUUCCCCCGGCCGCCUCUGCCGCCACCACUCCCCGAUACGGAGACACGCAGGUCGUCAACAUGGCCUUUGGCCACGACUUCGUCCCGACCCCUGAUGUCCCCCUCAGCCUCUAUGUCCGGCGUCGCGGGCCCGUCCGAUCCGUCUAUGGAGACGUCGACUGCCUACCCCAGGUCACGGCAUACAAUCUCUACACUAUUAACCAGGACGUCCACAUUGGUCGUGCCACGAACCCCACGAAUCCCGCUCUCGACUCUGCCUCGGAGUCUUCCCCCAGUCCUGCCGAGUUUGAAGCCGACGCCGAACCCGAGACUGCCCAAGAAGCCGCCGGUUCUCGACUCCUCCGGGCCAACCCCCCCCAAGCCACACCUUUGCUGUUGGGCGCCAUCGCACUCACGCUCGCUGCCGCCGUCGUCGUCGUCCUGUACUUGGUCGUUACACCUCUGCUUGGUCGGCCCCUGCCUUGUGGCGGUAAGAUGGACGAGACGAGGACACCCCCUCCCGUCUGCAAACACAAACGCGCCGCACCAUUAACGCUAUUUGAUGACCUGGCCGCGCUUCUCGCUCGUCGUGCCAAUGCUCCCCUGCCCCUGACCGUCACUGCCCAGGCCGUCAUCGACCAGCACUACAACGCCAGCCACGGUUUGUCGGACCCGACCCGCGCUUCGACCCCCAUUACCGUCUUCUUCGUUCAUCUGCGAGAGACAUCGGCCGGCCUUUGCGACGACACCACCGACUGGGCUCUGGAAUCCAAGUCACCCAUGCUAGAUGACCUCGUCCUACUCUGCUCCUCCAUCCACGACUCGCUGGUUGAUCUGCCGACGCGCUGGCUGGAUACCAGUGGCUUCAUGUCGUUUCCGUAUUCCUACAAGUCCAUCACUGCCAUAUCCACCUUUGUCAAUGCCCUUGAGCAACACGCCGGGACCGACGCUUAUGCUGAUCCAUCCGAAAACAAUAUGCUCUUCUACAACACAACGUCCUCGCCAGCAAGCCAAGGCGUCAUCGUCAUGUUCCUGGAUGUCCGGCUGCCGUUUAAAGGCCGCCCGCGCGGACCUGGCUGA